CACAUUUGAAAUAUUCGUUUCUUUUGAAGCAGAGAGGGAACGUUUGAACUUUGUGUACGGACAAGAGCGAGGCUACGGCGUCGCGAAAUUAAUCAAAACAUUUCAACAUGAUAAGGCAAACGAAGGUCAAGACCCCCCGCCGCCCUGCUCCAAAAAAGCCAUCCAACACCCAGAAAGACCCUGUUGGGGUGUAUUGUCGUGUGCGACCACUCGGUGCAGAGGAUGAGGAAUGUUGUAUUGAGGUUAUAAGCAACACCACCAUUCAGUUGCAUGCCCCUGAUGGCCUCAAAGCCAACAGAAAUGGUGAAUACAAAGAGACUCAAUACUCCUUCAAAAAAGUAUUUGGAAUCAAAACAACACAGAGAGAGUUAUUUGAAGAUGUUGCCAAACCUCUAGUGGAAGACCUAACUCACUGUAAAAAUGGUCUGCUGUUUACCUAUGGUGUCACUGGCAGUGGUAAAACUCACACAAUGACUGGCUCCCCGGGCCAAGGUGGGCUGCUUCCACGUUCACUUGACAUGAUCUUCAACAGCAUUGGUCCCUACCAGGCCAAGAGAUUUGUUUUCAAGCCUGAUGAUAAAAAUGGCAUGGAAGUGCAAACUCAGGUGGAUGCGCUCUUAGACCGACAGAAACGAGAUAGUCAGACAAAUGUACCAAAGACCCCGUCAAGGCGAAUAUUAGACCCAGAAUUUGCUGAUAUGAUCAGCCCAGAGGAGGCUUAUAAGGCAGAUGGGGUGGAUGAGGAUAGCAGCUACAGUGUCUUUGUCUCUUACAUUGAGAUUUACAACAACUACAUCUAUGAUCUCCUGGAGGAAACUCCCUUUGACCCAAUAAAGCCCAAGUGGAAUGUUGCAGGCAUACCUCUACGACACAACACUGAGUUCAUACAACCGCAAUCGAAAAUCUUGCGUGAAGAUCAAAAUCACAACAUGUAUGUAGCCGGGUGCACUGAGGUUGAGGUCAAGUCAACAGAGGAAGCUUUUGAAGUCUUUUGGAGAGGUCAGAAGAAGCGCAGGAUUGCAAACACGCAGUUAAAUCGUGAGUCCAGCCGCUCUCAUAGUGUAUUCAUUAUCAAGUUGGCACAAGCACCUCUGGAUGCGGAUGGAGACAAUGUGCUUCAGGAUAAGAAUCAAGUAAACGUGAGUCAGUUAUGUCUAGUGGAUCUGGCUGGCAGUGAGCGCACUAGCAGAACCCGAGCAGAGGGCAGCCGUCUUCGUGAAGCAGGCAACAUCAAUCAGUCUUUAAUGACACUACGCACAUGUAUUGAGGUUCUGAGAGAGAACCAGAUGUGUGGCAUGAACAAGAUGGUUCCAUACAGAGAUUCCAAAGUGACCCAUCUAUUCAAAAACUACUUUGAUGGAGAAGGCAAAGUGAGAAUGGUAGUUUGUGUAAAUCCAAAAGCUGAUGAUUAUGAGGAGACAUUGCUCGUGAUGCGCUUUGCUGAGAUGACUCAGGAGGUGGAGGUGGCCCGACCUGUUGACAGACCAAUCUGUGGCUUUGCAGCUGGUCGCCGACAGAAGAACCAGGCUUUUAAAGAGGAGCUGACCCACAGACUGGAGGAACGUGGUGGUCCUGUAGAUGGAGAGUCUCAAACAGUAUUGAGCCAGCUGCUGCAGUCUUUUACUCCACUGCCUCCCUGUGAGAUCUCUGGCCCUAAUGAUGAUGUUACUCUACCAAAGCUCAUAGAGGCCCUGGAGAAGAGACACAAGAUUCGCCAGAUGAUGAUCGGCGAGUACAAUAAAACUGCUAACAUGCUAAAAUCCAUCCUUCAAGAGCAGGACAGCAAUGUUCUUUCCAAAGACAACUUCAUCCAAGAACAGCGUGGAAAGCUUGGUGAAAAGGACAAGAUGAUCCAGAACCAGAAGAAUGAGAUUGAUCGGCUGGAAAAGAAAUCCAAGAUGCUGGAGUACAAGAUUGAGAUCUUGCAGAAAACGACCAACAUCUAUGAGGAGGACAAGCGAUCUCUACGUCAUGAACUGGAGAGCAGAGAACAGCGGCUGCAAAGGGAAGUGUCUGAUAAGAGACGCAUGGAAGCACGCAUGCAGGGCAUAGUCACCGACGCCAAGCUCAAGUGGGAGAAGGAGUGUGAGAGACGGGUAAAUGCCAAGCAGUUGGAGAUGCAGAAUAAGCUGUGGGUGAAGGAUGAGAAACUAAAGCAGCUUAAAGCCAUUGUGACGGAGGGAAAGACAGAGAACCGGCAACCACAUCGGCCAUCCAGAGAAAAGGACAAAGAUCCCCCAAAGAGAUCCGCCUCCCCGUCACCUGUUCCUUCUCCCUACAAUGGCUGCCAGUCAUCCCUCUCCUCCUUGGAGCCCAUGUAUAAUUUCCCUCAGACAGUCAGGCCAGAUUAUCCCUUCCUCAGACCAGGCAGUGUGUCUGUGACCUCCUGCAUCUCUGAGUGGGAGCAGGGAGUCACACAGUCUCGCAGGCAGAGUAGCCACAUGCCCCCAGACAGAAGAAAGAGAGCUCAGGGCCUUCCCAGCACUCUUGAGAGGAGGAGAGGCAGAUGCUGGGUCAGAGACUGUGAGGUGCCUGUCCUGCCAGCAGACGUAGACCUAGAGACAACUGGUCAAUGGACUGGGCCACCAGUUCGGCCUCUACACAGACGCUCGCACUCUGCAGGUGGGGAGAGGUGGGUAGAUCAUAAACCAACUACUAAUGUAGACCUGGAUACAGUCAUGCAGCCGAACAUCCCCAACGCCAUCAAAGUGACUGCUCCCAGUGAGAAAGCUCUGUCUAAGUGUGACAAGUACGUUCUGACGCACCAGGAGGUGGCCUCCGAUGGGGAGAUUCAGACCAAGUUAAUCAAGGGUGAAGUGUUCAAGACCAGAGGUGGAGGACAGUCUGUUCAGUUCACGGAUAUUGAAACGCUCAAGCAAGAAAGUCCUAUUUCAGCCAGCCGAAAGAGGCGAUCAGCAGAGACUGGCCCAGCCCAGGAGGGUGAGCCUAUGGAGGGGGACUGGACAGAUGUGGAGACCAGGUGCUCUGUUGCUGUUGAGAUGAGAACUGGCUCUAACCUGGGACCUGGAUACCAGCACCAUGGAUAUCCAAAACGCAAAAAGCCUUAAGACUGCCUUUGCAUUGCGAUCACAGACGAGUCCUUUCCUAUUAAAACCUCAUCACUGUGUACAACAGCACAUUCACUUUAUAUUAUUUAACCUUUUUUUUUAAAUGCUUUAUGUACAACUUUAUAUAUACAUAUGUAUGUAUAUAUGUAUGAGAUCACACGUGUUCACCAAAGCUGUUUUUAUACUGCAUUUUCUACCUGGGUGUUGCCAUGAAAAAUUCAGGUGUUGUGUAAACACCAUGUGUAAAAACAAAAAAAAAAAAAUGUAGUAUUUCCUUGCUGUCCUUUUUUAAGCACAUUAUUUGCUUGUAUUUUUUUUUAUAUAUAUAUAUAUUGCAUUUGUGUAGUGAGGACAAUCAACGCAUUUGCUGGUGUUACCUUAAAUUCUUCAAUGUAGUCAUUUUUAUGACUUCCAGUAGUCUUUAGCAGCACCUUGGAAAAGCACGCUUUCCCACGUUAUCUCACCUGUAUGAUAUUGUUGCAGACAAACUGUUAAUAAACGGUGUUAGAUGCUAUA